AUGGCCAUCCACGAGGGCUGGGACAACAAAACAACAGCCAACAGACACGAUCCCGGCCUGCGUCUUUCAGGAGAAUCCCUUAAUUCGAGCGACGUGGCUUGGCGUUGGCUGGCUCAGAAACAAACGCGACAGGCUGGGCGCGCGUCUAUUGCGCUUGAUGCCCCUGGCGGCUGUUGGAUGCCAAGGCCCUUAUCUCCAGCCAAUCGCAGCGCACCCACGGAUCCCUCCACAAACGCCCUCCAAGGCAGGGGGCUUCUGCUUCUACGGCUCCGACUACUACCGCUUGUCAACUGUUGAGACUGCAGGGUUCACUACUAGCCGUUGCAAUCACCUCCUCAAGGGUGAGGGCAUGGCUCUUGAGGAGAUCCGAAAGCUUGAGAAUUUGACGUUAGAUCCGAAUAUUACGAGUUCACCAGGGUUAACAGAGAAUGGCCAUGGCCAUGGACGUGGACAUGUACCAACCCCGGAUGGCAAUAAUGCCAGGCGAGCUUCACAUGAAGUUGCCCACUCCAGCCGCCAGCGUACCGGUGGGCUCGAAGGAAGCGAUGGUGCUUUAAAUGACGCCCAUGUUCCGACUCCUCCCAUCCCUGUGCCUUGCCCUGAAGACCAUCAUUACAGAGCAGGCGCUCCUGAUGAUCUGGAAUAUACCCAUAACUCUCGCUAUAUUCAACCAUCGCCACUCGAGCAAUUCGCUCGAAAUGAUCAACCCUCGAUUAGCCACACGCUGAUUACUCUGCUCGAUGUCGACGCGUGCGUGGAUAGAUUAUCCCACGAGAAACGCGAUUCUGGAAGCUCCGCAAAUGCGCUUCCAAUUGGCUCGCCUCACUGUGACUUUUUCUCCCCGUCCGUAGUGACUUGUGGGGGUGACGCUGGGCAAGCUGGGGAACGUCCUACUUCUCUCACCUCUCUAUCCACCGCCUCACCUGCCACUGAUGAAGUGCGUACUCCACCAGAAGCAACCAGAGACAUACUUCUGUCGCCUUUCUCGGCUUAUCCUAGGAUCUACCGGCCUGCAUCAUUGGAUGAUGGGGGCGCAUGGUCUAACUUUGUACCUCAGCCAUUUGGGAGCCGAUCUAAAAGCUAUACUCUAGGCCGGGAUGGCAGUUUACGACACAACCUAUCUCAUGAUUCUGGCCGUUCUACCAACUCAAGCGGUAAGUCUCCAGCCAGCACGUUUCUGUCCCUCUGGAGCCGUGAGGAGGUUCCUCCGAAACCUGAUGAUGAGGGUCAGGUUGUAGGAACAGACUACGUGAUAGGCAAGCAAAUCGGAUUUGGAGGCUUCAGCACAGUGAAGGAAGCAUUUAAGGUUCAUGGGGAGGGCGGACCAGAACGGUCGGCUGUUAAGAUUGUCAAGAAACACCUCGCUGGUCAAAGUGAAAGAGAAAAUGAGCAACUCCAAGCCGAAUUCGACCAUGAAGUACGCAUAUGGCGAUACCUAAACCACCCCCACAUUCUGCCACUCGAAGCAGUUUACGAAACCGAUUAUGCUACAUUUUGCUUUACAAGAUUAACCACAAGGGGCACUCUGUUUGACUUGGUCCGCAGACAUCGCCAAGGCCUUGAAAUGAAUGUUGCCCGAAGCUAUGCAUACCAAUUAGCAUCCGCUAUCAGAUACUUGCAUGAGGAUGCACGUGUUGUCCAUCGAGAUAUCAAACUGGAAAACUGCCUUUUAGACGCAGCAACGUCUACAGAACAUGGAGAUGUGGCCCAGCUGAUACUAUGUGACUUUGGGAUGGCAGAAUGGUUGACAUCUGAAAACGGCGGUGGAAGCUCACCUGAUCCGUACGAUAAUGCCGCGGAUCGCCCUCCCCCCAAAGCCAUAGGUCCUUCGGAUACAAGUACUAGCGUUGCCGGAAGCCUGGAAUACGCUUCUCCAGAGCUGCUAUCAUCCGUGAAUGGACUCAUUGAUCCAAUUGUGGAUAUCUGGGCUUUUGGAGUCGUUGUUUUUUCUUUGGUUGUUGGCUCACGGCCCUUCCAGGACUCUUUUAAACCACGGAUCAAACUCAAUAUUAUGCAAGGUCGUUGGGACAGCGCUUCUGUUCUGAAAGGUCGGGGUGAUCAACAGGACCGGCAGAACGCGUUGGAGCUAAUCCAGGGCUGUCUGGAGAUGGACUCGAUAAAGCGAUGGACCAUCCGAGAGGUCUUACAAUGCCGCUGGUUUCAGGGGUGUUCUAACAGCACAGAUCAUGCUGGUGAUGCUCCGCAAUGGAGAUUUUAG